GCUCUUGUCAUGUUCAACACUUGUCACCUUUGACACACGUGCAGAACUGUGAGGUUGUGUAUUGUAUUUUCAUUGGUGCGACGAAACGUUUCCAGAAGCAAAAAAAAUUCGCUUCUCUCGAAACAACGCCGUGUCUGCGUGUUUAAAUAGUACGCACUGAUUGUUCGCGCAAAUUUUUGGAUUAAAUUAAUUUCGUGCAAAACAUACCUUGAAAUCGGACGUGGUGUGACGUUUCUCUUCGCACACACAACCAGAAGCAACCAAAAUGCCUAAGACACGUUCGACGACCGGAGCUCCUCGAAAGGAGGGCUUCAAUCGUUCAAAUCAUUCGAUGAACCCGGAACGGCUUACCGGUUCAUUGAAAGGCGUCUCCAAUCCUCGUACCAAAGGAACCAUCAAACGUCUGCAGAUGUACAGAAACUUUAAAGCCAAACGAGAUCGCAACGGUAAAAUUCUCGUCGCUGCACCAUUCCAAGGUUGGCUGGCAUCUGGCGCUGUGGCUCGAGUCGAACCAUCGCCGAAAUGGUUCAGCAAUUCCCGAGUUAUUUCGCAGACAGCCUUGCAGAAAUUCCAAACGGAAAUGGGAAAAGUGAAGAACGAUUCGUACCAAGUUGUGAUGAAGCCGUCCCAGUUGCCGAUUAGUUUACUGAACGAAUCGGCAAAGUAUCAGCGCGUACAUCUACUGGACACGGAAGGUUUCGAUACCGUUUUCGGACCGAAAAAGCAACGCAAACGACCGAAUCUAAAGGUUCGAGACCUGGCCGAUAUGUCGAAGGCGGCUGACACACAAUCCGAAAACUAUGACUCGCUGAAGGAUCACGAUUUGGAGAAGGAAGACAGUGGCGUUAAAGAUGUCGUUCGAGAUUGGGUAUUUGGUGCUGGACAAAGUAAACGAAUCUGGAAUGAAUUGCACAAGGUCAUCGACUCAUCGGACGUGCUCAUCCAAGUACUGGAUGCUAGGGAUCCUCUCGGAACGAGAUCCAAGUACAUUGAAGAGUUCAUUAAGAAGGAAAAGGCUCACAAGCAUUUGUUCUUUGUACUCAACAAAGUGGACUUGAUUCCAACGUGGGCCACUCAACGAUGGGUUGCCAUUUUAUCCGCUGAAUAUCCAACCAUAGCUUUUCAUGCAUCGCUAACACAUCCGUUCGGAAAAGGUGCGCUCAUCAAUUUACUGAGACAGAUCGGAAAGCUUCACAUCGACAAAAAGCAGAUCAGUAUAGGCUUCAUUGGUUACCCAAAUGUCGGCAAAUCGUCCGUCAUCAAUGCACUGCGUAGCAAAAAGGUUUGUAAUGUUGCACCAAUCGCUGGCGAAACGAAAGUGUGGCAAUACAUAACGCUGAUGAAGCGCAUUUUCCUGAUCGAUUGUCCGGGAGUGGUGUACCCAUCAGCCGAAACCGACACCGAAAAGGUUCUGAAAGGUGUGGUGCGUGUUGAGCUGGUCACAAAUCCAGAGGACUAUAUAGUAACGGUUUUGGAACGUUUGAGGCCCGAAUACGUUAAGAAAACGUACAAAGUGGAGAAAUGGAACGAUGCGACCGAUUUCCUCGAACAGCUGGCAAAAAAAAGUGGCAAAUUAUUCAAAGGGGGAGAUCCGGACAUCGGAUCGGUAGCCAAAAUGGUUUUGAACGAUUGGCAGAGAGGAAAACUUCCGUUCUACGUUCCACCCGAAGCAUUCGAAACGCCGUUACAGAAACCGGACACCGCAACAGAGGCGUCGACGAGCGAAGAAAAGGCAAACAUUAACAAAGAGCUGCAACAGAUCCAAGAUUUCCGUAAAAUUCGAGUCGGUUUGGAGUUCGAAGGCAAAGAUAUCAAAGAGCUGGACAAAAUCGACCUGGAAUUGUUGGAAAAACGGAAACAGGAACGACUGGACAAAAAGCGGAAGAAGAAUGACGACGACGAUGAGUCGUCUGGGAUUAGCGAUUUCUAUUCCGAAGAUGAAUACGAUCCGGAUUUAAACAAAGUGGUCCGAAAGAAGGCCAAGAAAAUGAGUAAGACCACCGUUUCGUCGAGUGUUGGCGGUUUUGACGUUGAAGACGUGGAACCAGAACAGCCGAAACCUAAGCCGAAACUGAAAUCCAAGGAACGCAGAGCCAUCGAACGGAGCGCCAAACGUAAGAAGAUCGGAAGCAAUUUCUAUGAAGUGUCCAAUGUCAAGAAUAGAAACCGAAGCAAAGCGAAGAAGGAGAAGUGAGAUUGUUAAAUUUGUCAACAAUUUUCGUUUAAUUAAUAAAAAAAUCAUUUUUAACACA